CUCUUCGUGUUUGUCCGGGGGUGAACCAGUAAAAUUCCGCGUGGUUAGGACGUGUACGUUUAUGCGCGGCAUCGUCCCGCAGUGCCUGUAUCGCCAUGGGAGACGUGUUUUGCCUUGUAAUGCUGGAGAGUGGCAGCAGAAGAAAGUUGAAGCUGGAAACGGGUGCCUACGAGGAGUUACUCGCGGGACUUGCAGGAAUUGACGAAUUCGACUCCCGUAACACCCUGAUUCAGAUAUUUGAUACUGACUUGGAAGACUUUGUGGACCUUAUGCCCGACGAUGUGGUUCCGAACAAGGCAAAGGUGCGUGUCGUGUGGAAAAACAGUCCUGCUACAAGUUCCACGGCAGCAUCUCCUGUCAAGGCCAGCGUUCCAACCAACCACCCUUCCCAGCAGUAUGCGCACCAAGUUGCACCAAGGCCACCUGUGUCUUCUCAGGAAGUUUUCCACAUUUCCGGGCCGGGGGACCAGCUGCAUUACAGCAUCCAGUCCAGUGAUGUCAGCGUGGCGCCAACUGUCUACACAUUGACCGAUGUUCUUGUGCAUGCACCUUGCGUGAUUGCUAAGGGCAGUGACAAUGGUGCCGAGGCUUCGCAAUCAAUGAUUAUCGGUGUCACGGAUGUGCUGGAUGCUCCGGCAGCCCAUUCACAAGAGAUGAAAGCAACUGCCCAGUCCACCACCUGCGUUGAACUUGCCGAGUCCAACACAUGCAUUGCACAUGCCCAGUCCAACACACGUGUUGAACCUGACCAGUCCAACACAUGCGUCACACCUACCCAGUCCAACACAUGCGUCGCACCUGCCCAGUCCAACAAAACGGCAGAACCCGGAGCUGCAACUAUGAGGUUGUCACGUGUUACAGAGGACCUGCGUGCAAUGUUGCCGCCCCACCUGGUCACCGAUGAUGUGAAGCAAACAGUGCGAAACAUCGCGAUCAUCCCCAAGAACGAGCAUGACCGCAACGACUACCUCAAGUUCCGACUGCCGACCUCCUUCGGCGUCUGGUGUGACGUAGCCCUGGAGAGGAAGACGGUGAUCACCCCUAAAUUGAGAAGGCACAUCAUCAACAUUCUGUUUCAAGCCUGCUACAAGAUUUCCCUGUACCCAACGAGGAGGUUGUACAGAAGGGCAAUCGACGUCCUGGUGAUGAAGUACCCGCACAUUGCUGAGGGACCUUUCAACUGGCAAUGCUGGUGUCUGGCCCUGAGGAGCAAGUUCAAGAACGUGCGACGAAAGCUCCCGGAGAAGCCUGGUCUCGUGGGUGAGUCGAGAAGGAAGUUUGGAGGGAAACGCACGCUGGAAGAAGUCCGGUACCAGGUGGCCGAAGCACAGAAGGCUCUCGGUGUUGACGUGCCAUUGGAAGCCAGCGAGUCAGCAGACUCCCACCACCAAUCGGGGGAGGAUGCCUCCGCUGGCACGGAAAUGACUUUCAAAGUAGAGCCGGAUCAACGGAGCAGUGAGGCUACGUCGAACUGUUCCAACUUCGACGAUUCCGAGUUGCGGGACGUCACCGUUUCGGAGCUACUUAGCGCGUGCACGGAUGGUGGUGCUACGGAGGAGCUCGUGGAGCAAGCUGGCGGCAGGGCACUCGUGGACGGCAACACGAACGGUGGCGAACUGUCGCUCGAAGAUAGGUCAAGCCCAUGCAAAAAGGGGAGACCGUCUCUCGAGGACAGGGAUGACAUGCAGUUUGAACUGCCGUCCUUUGGGGUGUUUGAAGAUGCGCUGGAGACGAAACAGCCAGUGUCCAGCAGGCUUCGGCGUCACAUCAUCCGGUGCCUCUUUGACGCUUGCUCCAAGAUAACCCUAUACCCGACGUCGCACCUGUACAGGACUGCUGUGGACCUCCUGCUCCACAAGUACCCACACCUGAUUGAUACCACUGGGGAAACUGGAAGGGAGCUGUGGGUCGACUCGCUGAAGUCCAAGUUCAAGAACGUUCGACGCCGGCUGCCGGAACACGUUUGGAACAUGAACGAGGUCCGGAGCAAGUUCACUGCAACCACACGGCGGGCCGCCGCUCCACCGAAACCAAAAGAGAGUGUGGGACGUGUCGCUCGUCCUGUGGCCAUACAGGGUGUGACAUCGUUCAGUGCCGAAUUCCUCGUGGCAAACGGGCCUGCCGGCACUUGCAGGCACGGAAGGCGCAGGCGAUCAGAGCGAAGCACUUGCAGUCAAGGAGCGGAGUGA